AGCCGAUGCCUGCAUGAUCGAGACCACCGGAAUGCCUGCAACGAUGAAUCCAAUCGACGCACUCGACAGUGUAUUGGUUUGGUAAUGGAAGAUGGCGGGUUCUGCAAAAGCGCCAACCCCAUAUUCUUGUAUUUGGUGAAAACAUCAAUAUUCUUGCUUAUUUGUAACCUCUAACCACAGAAGUAUUCGAGAAUUGACAUCAUGAACGACAGCAUCGCCUUUAGGACGUAACGGCUGGCUGGGCGGCCGAGAAAGGCCGGCGAAAUGUCUGAGAACUAUGCCCGUUCUGCGUUACGGGUUUCUGCGGCUCAGAUUUGCCAAGCGCUGGGCUGGGAUGCGGUACAGCUAAGCGCCUGUGAUCUGCUGUCCGAUGUUUUGGACCGAUACAUUCAGCAGCUGGCCAGAAGCUGCCACCGCUAUGCCGAGCUGUACGGUCGUACGGACCCCAUCCUGUCGGACAUCGGCCAGGCGUUUGGGCUGCUGGGGGUGAGCCUGUCGGAGCUGGAGGACUAUGUGAACCACCUGGAGCCGGCCAGCUUCCCGCAGUCCACGCACCUCUUCCCCGUGGCCAAGAGCAGCACGCUGCAGUUCCCCUCGCCCCGCGAGGAGCGCAGAGACUACAUCCCCGACUACCUGCCGCCCCUCGUCUCCCUGCAGGAAGAUGAGGAAGAGGAGCAGGUUCCAGUCGCCAUGGGGACUUCUGCGGAGGCCAUGCAGGUGUCUGUGGAGGAGGACGAGGACGGUGGGUUAGAGGAAGACUACGAUGACGAGAACGAGAACGCCGAGAACCGGCCCACGGCCAAGCGGGACCGCGGCGAGGCCGACCUGGACGCCUUCCCCCUGGGCGUCAUGCCCACUGCCAAGCGCCCCCGCCUGGGCAUCGGCAUCAACCCCGACUCCAGCCCCGAGUGGACGUCGGAGCCGCGCGAGCCCUUGUCCUCGCUCAACGCCCAGAUGAUGCCCCCCUCGCCCUCCACCUCCUCCCCGCCCAUGUCGCCUGCCCACGUCUCCAUCAUGCCCAUGCCGCUGGUGCGACCGCCUGCCACCCCCGGGCGCAAGCCGCCGCGCCCUGCCGCCUCGCCCGGACGCAAAGCCAAGUCUCCGAGGAGGGGCGGCGGCGCAAACGUCAGCCCAGCGCGCACCCCUAAAGCGGCGGCCAAGGACAAGAAAAAGAAGAACAACAACUCUCCGCGGAGCCCCAGAGGAGGGGGUGCCCACGGAGCCCACGCGACCCAGCUGCACUCACCGCCGCUGGGCAUGGGACCUAAGGGUGGGAUGGGUGGUCGCGGCGGUGUUGGUGGUGGUGGUGGUGGCCUCAUGGGCCACUCGGACCUCCAUCGCGGGGGGGCGGUGCCGGUCACGGACGAGGGGGACAUCGACGACUCCAUCUCGGCCGUCAUCGCCAGGGCGUGCGGCAGCAACCGCCCGCACGACCCCUACGACCUCCCGUCGGACUCGGACAGCGACUCGGACCCCGGCCUGUCGCUCUCGCACACCCUGCUGGGCCGACACGGCGCGGGCGCGGGCGCCAAGGGCCUCGCCGCCCCGCUCACCCCGGCUCACCCCAAACACGCUCCCACCGGCGGCCGGGCGGCCCUCACCUCCACCCCCCUGAUGCUGGGCCCAGGCUCCCACCUCCACCCCCACCACCACCAGCACCACUCCUCCGCCUCCUCAUCCGCCUACAGCCUGGACCGCUCCAUCGACGAGGUGGUGCGCCAGGCGGGCAAACGCGGCGGAGGUGGCGUCCACGGCCUGGGAUCCUCCUCCCACCUCCACGGGUCCUCCUCCGAAGACCCGGACGACGAGCUCUCCUCCCCGCCACUGUCGCCGCCAACGCCCCAGCCCAUGCUCCCCAAACUCUCCCUGGAGGACUUCUCCAUUCUGGCCGCCUCCGCAGCACCUGCCGCCACGGACGGCAAGAAGAAGAAGCCCAAGAAGGAGGCCAAGCUGAAGACCAAGAAGCAAGGCAAGGGCAAGGAGAAGAAGGAGAAGGAGAAAGGUCACGACAAAGGCAGCAAGGCCAAGGAGAAGAAGAAAGACAAGAAGAGUAAAGAGAAGGACGGCGGGAAACUGAGCUGGAGGAACACCCUGGGCGACACUGUAGACGACCUGGCCGCCUCCUUCGGCCUCUCGUCCUCCGCCGCCGCCAUGCUGUCCCCCGCCAUGGCCCUGACGCUCGCCGAGGAGCGCGCCGCCGUCGCCAAGGACAACAAGGACAAGCACCGCGGCGACAAGAAAAACAAGGACAAGGACGGCAAGAGCAAGAAGGAGAAAGGAAAGAAGGAGAAGGGAGGUGGUGGAGGAGGUGGCAAGGAGAAGGUCGGCAAGAAGGACAAGAAGAAGAAGAUGUCCGCCGAGGAGCGCGAGCGGGAGGCGUCGCUGGCGCUGUUCGGCCCCUCGGCAUGCCUCUUCCUGCCAUCCGCCACACCCAUCAUGGCUGCCGCCGCCGCCACCACGCCCAUCAUGGCCGACAAAAAGGGCAAGGAGAAGGACAAGA